CCUCCUCCCCUCGGUCCUCCCGUUUCCCGGCAUGCCGCGCGGCCCGGAAGCGGCGGGCCGCCAUGGAGGAGGACGAGCCCGAGCUGGCGGCCGGGCUGGAGGCGGCGCUGGAGCUGGCGCCCGCCGUGCAGGCCGCGAUCGAGCAGGUAUUUCCCAGCCAAGAUCCCCUUGACAGAGCAGAUUUCAACGCUGUGGAGUACAUCAACACUCUCUUUCCCACCGAGCAAUCUUUGGCAAACAUCGACGAGGUAGUGAACAAAAUCAGACUGAAAAUCAGGAGGUUGGAUGACAACAUUCGAACUGUAGUGAGGGGACAGACGAACGUGGGACAGGAUGGCAGGCAGGCCCUGGAAGAAGCUCAGAAAGCCAUCCAGCAACUCUUCGGUAAAAUUAAGGAUAUUAAAGACAAGGCUGAAAAGUCAGAACAAAUGGUUAAAGAUAUCACGCGGGAUAUCAAGCAGCUGGAUCACGCCAAGCGUCAUCUGACCACCUCCAUCACCACCCUCAAUCACCUGCACAUGCUGGCAGGAGGAGUGGACUCACUGGAGGCUAUGACCAGGAGGAGACAGUAUGGGGAAGUUGCCAACCUCCUCCAAGGCGUUGUGAAUGUGUUAGAGCACUUCAACAAAUACAUGGGGAUUCCUCAGAUUCGGCAGCUUUCUGAAAGGGUGAAGGCAGCGCAAAAUGAAUUAGGACAGCAGAUCCUGGCUGACUUUGAGGAAGCCUUUCCUUCUCAAGGUACAAAGAGGCCUGGUGGACCCAGCAACGUCCUGCGUGAUGCAUGUCUAGUCGCAAAUGUCCUGGAUCCCAGAAUCAAACAGGAAAUCAUCAAGAAAUUUAUUAAACAACACCUCUCGGAGUAUCUGGUCCUUUUCCAAGAGAACCAAGAUGUCGCCUGGCUGGAUAAGAUUGACAGGCGCUACGCUUGGAUAAAACGUCAGCUGGUGGACUAUGAGGAGAAGUACGGGCGCAUGUUUCCCCAGGAGUGGUGCAUGACGGAGCGCAUCGCUGUGGAGUUUUGUCAUGUCACAAGGACUGAGCUUGCUAAGAUAAUGCGUACAAGAGCAAAGGAGAUUGAGGUCAAAUUGCUUUUGUUUGCAAUUCAGAGGACAACCAACUUUGAAGGACUUCUGGCUAAACGUUUCUCAGGUUGCACUCUGGGUGAUGGGACAGUGAAAAAGCCAGAAGUGCCUCCUCCCUCUACCAACCCAUUUCUCGAGGAUGAAGCUGGGACAGAGACAGAUGAGAUUGUAAUUGAAAAAAGUGAUGCAGAAAAACCAAAGAAGCCAAAGGCCCCUGACAAUCCUUUCCAUGGCAUUGUUUCCAAGUGCUUUGAGCCUCACCUUUAUGUCUAUAUCGAGUCCCAGGACAAGAAUCUCAGCGAGCUGAUCGACAGGUUUGUGGCUGACUUCAAGGCUCAAGGUCCUCCCAAGCCCAACGUGGAUGAAGGAGGAGCCGUCCUGCCCAGCUGUGCCGACCUCUUUGUUUACUACAAGAAGUGCAUGGUGCAGUGCUCCCAGCUCAGCACGGGCGAACCGAUGAUAGCCCUGACCACCAUAUUCCAGAAGUACCUUCGGGAAUACGCCUGGAAAAUUCUGUCUGGAAACCUGCCCAAGACAACUAGCAGCAGUAGCGGGCUCACCAUCACUAGUUUGCUGAAAGAAAAGGAAGGCUCUGAAGUGGCGAAGUUUACUUUAGAAGAACUCUGCCUCAUUUGCAGCAUCCUUAGUACAGCAGAGUACUGCCUGGCGACCACCCAGCAGUUGGAAGAGAAACUCAAAGAAAAAGUGGAUGCAAGUCUAGUGGAGAGGAUCAACCUGACGGGAGAGACAGACACUUUCAGCAUCGUGAUCUCCAACAGCAUACAGCUGUUAGUACAGGACCUGGAUGCAGCCUGUGACCCUGCCCUGACUGCGAUGAGCAAGAUGCAGUGGCAGAACGUGGAACACGUUGGCGAUCAGAGUCCUUAUGUCACCUCGGUAAUCCUCCACAUCAAGCAGAACGUCCCCAUCAUCCGCGACAACCUGGCAUCCACGAGGAAGUACUUCACUCAGUUCUGCAUCAAGUUUGCAAACUCCUUCAUUCCCAAGUUCAUUAACCACCUCUUCAAGUGCAAACCCAUUAGCAUGGUGGGAGCGGAGCAGCUGCUGCUGGACACCCACUCCCUGAAGAUGGUUCUCCUGGAUCUGCCCUCCAUUGGCUCCCAGGUGGUGAGGAAGGCUCCCGCCAGCUACACGCGGAUAGUGGUGAAAGGCAUGACUCGGGCUGAAAUGAUCCUGAAGGUGGUCAUGGCUCCGCACGAGCCCCCAGUUGUAUUUGUUGACAACUACAUCAAGCUCCUUGCUGACUGCAGCACAGACACUUUCCAGAAGAUACUGGACAUGAAGGGCCUGAAGAGGAGCGAGCAAAGCAGCAUGCUGGACCUCUUCCGCCAGCGCCUCCCGGCACCCCCCUCCGGAGCGGAGAGCACCGGCUCCCUCUCGCUGAGCACUCCCACGCCGGAGCAGGAGUCCUCUCGGAUACGGAAACUGGAGAAGCUCAUCAAAAAAAGACUCUAAGCCCGCAGAAGAAAAGGCUGUUGCUCAGGACUAGCUGCAGUCGCUGGGAGCAGAGCUCUUCAGACUUAUGUUUUACAGAAUGCUGCUGCUGAAAAAUUCGUGUCCCGUGAUUGUCGUGCCCUGUGAUCUGUUAGCCAUCGUACACCGUGGCACUGCAGCUCUGCUCAGACCGAGGGAGAAUCUGACCAAGGAGUUUGCCUUUAGGUAGCUUAGCAUGGAUGAAACCCUGUGUGGUGGAGAAAACAGGUACCUGGAAGUCAGCAGCUGCAGGCAUGGUUUGGGUGGAUUCAGAGAACAUCUGGCUGUGAUAUGCUUUGCAUCCCAGCCGUCAGCCCGGCCAGGCUCUGCUGCUGCAGCACUAAGGCUUUUGCCCAAGAACUUGGUGUUCCUGCUCACUCCCGGCUUUCAGAGCUGUUCCUCUGUUUCAUUAUUUAUUUGGGGGGGAGGGAGGGCAAUAACAACAAAACAAACAAAACUGAAAGGACUAAAAAACCUUUAACAGCUGGGCUCCAGGCAUCAGCAGUUCCACUGAAACCAUUGGAAAUGCUCAGUGCAGGUUUCACCCCUGCUCCCAGAACAGGCACACAUAAACCACCAGGAAAACAGCAAGGCAGCUCCUUUUCAGAGCAGGGGCAGAGAGCUGAAUGAAUGCCUUCUGAGCCUUGGCCCCUUAGUUUGGCUAGAGCUUGGGUCUGCCCCUUUUUUCCCCUUCCCUGCCCUGCAUGGAGAGAUGCUGGAAAUGUUGGAGCCUGCAGCUGCCAAGGCCUCUUCCCUGGACAAGAUGCUUACACAAGCCUCAGACUUCAAAGGCCUUCCUCUCCUCCUCCUCCUCUGCAUGGGGAGAGGAGGAAAACCAGAGGGGAAAGAAUUCAGAUACCCCCCCCCCCCCCCCCUUCCUGGGGGUCCAGCUCACGCUGACACCCAUCCACAAAGCCAGCACAGAGCAGGGUCUGGCUUGGGGUCUGUGGACAUCAGCAUCCCUCCCCUGACCCUUGUGUAAGCCUCCCAGAGGAGUUUCAGGCAGGGACAUGUCAUCUCGUUAGUGACGCUGGAUUUCUUCCUAAACUCCUCUGUGUGCUUUUCUUGGGAGGCAUAUGCCCGAUCGGUAAACAAUUGAAUCCCACGUGGAUUUAGGGGCAGAUAAACCAGUUGUGCCUGCUGUAUUUUAACUCGAGCUUCACUCGGAUUUGCAGGAAAUAAAAAGUCACGUAACAGUUUGGGAGGUGAGGAGUGAUCUUGCUGUCAGACGCCUUCUCGGGAGGGUUCCCCCAUAUAAAAUUGGGCCUUAGGACCAUGUUUUUAGUGGGCUGUGGUCACUCUGCAUUUUAGUAUUUGCUGUGGCACAUCUGGGAGUGAGGGAGGGGUGAGGCACACUACAGGAAAACCAGCUGUGUGCACCCAAACCCAGAGAUUCACCAGAACUGGGGGGAAUGAGAGGUUCCUGUGCCCACCUGGUUGUGUUUUGGUGCUGUCCCAGUGCACCCCUGGGGCAGGGGGCUGGGCGGUGGCGUGGGUGCGGGCUGCACCCCUUCCCUCUCCUCGGCUGGGUGGUUGUGGGAGGGCAAAUCUGGUGCCUGGCUCAGUAAAACCCUGUACUCCUUCUGCACAGCCAGCAAGUCAGCCUGCGCCCGAACAGUCAGGACUUGAUCACGGGAUUCAAGCAGAACGAAUAAAUCCGCAGAGAUGAAACCCUCGCUAGUCAGCUAUUCCUAACAGGUAUAUCAGGAGCUAACAGGUGCACCCACACCGUCUCUUUAGGACACGUUUUCAGGGGUCCCCCAAGGCCUUGACCCUGGCUGCAGCGUGCGGGUGCUCAGCUGCGGUGACACCCCUGCAGCAGUUACGAGGGACGGCAGUUUCUCAUCACUCCGGUUUCCCAAAUCUUCCCAAGUCCGCCUUUGCUUCAUUUAUUUCUUCUCCUGAUUGCACGUCGGGUGACAAAAGAAGGAAGGGUGUUGGGGAGAGCUCUGGGGUUAUGGAGAGUCUUUCCCAGAGGACACGCUAUCUCACGGUGCCGUGCAGGAUGGCUCACACGUUAUCAGAUACAACAGCUGGGGCGGAGGGAACAUGGCUUUGCAGAGAUUCCCCAUUCCCCGGGGGGGCUAAAUAAUUUAUUUUAGAUUAAUUUUUUUCUUUGCUACGACUCUGGAUGAUUCUCUAACUAAAUUAUGAAUAGCUGAAUAUGAUGUUCAAGUUAUCGUCACAUAUCUUCCCCUGAAGGCUUCUCCUGUUUCAUUAUCUGCGUUUCAUUCUGGAGAUAAUAAAUAAAAAGAAAAAAUGGAUUUUUAGUUUCAACCUUUGAAGACUGUUACAGUCGAGUUCUACUUCUAGAGGGCAACUUGGCAGUUUUCUACUUUCACUUUUAAGGAUAUCGUCCCCCUGACUCCUGGGUAUUUAUUGGAUCUGGCACGUCUGUAUGUAUACACGUUAGCUUUUGGGGAUUUACAUCUCUGUGGGAUAAAGGAGGGGUUUUUUUUCUGUAUAAAAUGCCACUUCUAAUGUUUUUUGGCCGAGGUGUAAUUCUGGCUGUACGUUGGACUGUGACACUGCAAUGAAUUAAAUGGUUGCUGACGUUCA